UUGGCAGGGGAUGGGGGGAGAGAGAGAGCUGAGUGUGGAUGGAGGGAUGCACAUUACCCAUGUGAGAAAGAGAGAGAUAGAGAAAGAGAGAGAGAGAGAGAGAGAGGGAGGUUGUGUUAUAAUCCUCCUGUUCUGGCCGUUUGAGGCGAGUCCUGCACCGUGUGUAUGAUGUGUGUGUGUUUGUGUGUGUGAGAGUGUGCGUGUGAAAUCAGACACACACACACACACUGGAUAUUUCCACCUCUCCCUGGAGCUAUUUCAGGAAAUAUUUGAGCUUUCGGUGCUGAGUGAGUGUAACGUACGGUUUAACAUGUCGUCUUGGAGCGAUGUGAAAACUCUGAGGUAGUGAAACGCGGAGUUAGCGAACUUUUCACACUGUUCACACUUCCUCUUCAUCGGAAAACACACACCCAGCGUCCUCUCAAUCAGGCGUGUCCAGGAUUACACUUGCUUUGCUGUGAAGUACAUUUUUAAAAAUGGCUGACCCUUAUCAAAACAGCUAUCACCACGGUGACGGUUACCAGGCCGAAUACCAGGAGGAGGAAGACGCGGCGAGCGAUGUCACUGAGGGUCACGAUGAGGACGACCAGAUGUACGAGGGCGAGUACCAGGGCAUCCCACACCCGGAUGAGGUCAAAGCGGCGAGGUCAAAGGUCAAAGUUCGUGCUGAUCAGGACGAAGAUGACGGACUGGCGGAGCAGUACGAGGAGAUCAUAGAGGACUGCGGACACGGACGCUUCCAGUGGAGUCUGUUCGUGGUGCUCGGCUUGGCGCUGAUGGCUGACAGCGUCGAGUGUUUCGUCGUGGCGUUGGCGCUUCCCAGUGCCGAAAAGGACAUGUGCAUGUCUAAUGCGGAGAAAGGCAUGUUGGGUCUGAUCGUUUUCCUGGGAAUGAUGUUCGGAGCAUUCAUUUGGGGAGGAAUGGCCGAUAAAGUGGGACGACGGAAAUGUCUGAUCAUCGCUCUGACCAUCAACUGCAUCGCCGCCUUCCUCUCGUCCUUCGCUCAGGGAUACGGGUUCUUCAUCUUCUUCAGACUCAUCUCUGGCUUCGGGAUCGGCGGCUCCGUCCCCAUCGUGUACUCGUAUUUCUCAGAAUUUCUGCAGAUGGAUAAGAGAGGAGAGCACCUCAGCUGGCUCUGUAUGUUCUGGAUGAUAGGUGGAAUUUAUGCUUCGUUCACUGCCUGGGGCAUCAUCCCUCACUACGGAUGGGGUUUCAGUAUGGGUUCGGAGUUUCAGUUCCACAGUUGGCGUGUGUUCGUGUUGGUGUGUGCGCUGCCGGCCAUCGCCGCUCUCAUCGGCCUCACGUUCAUGCCCGAGAGUCCACGUUUCCUGCUGGAGCACGCUAAACACGACGAGGCCUGGAUGAUCCUGAAGCACGUUCACGACACUAACUGGAGAGCGAAAGGAGAACCGGAGAGAGUGUUCACCGUUUCUCAGAUCAAGACCCCAAAGACGCAGGAGGAUGAGUUUUUUGAGAUUCAGACCUCCACAGGAACGUCUUUCCAGAGAUGGGCGGUCCGCACGGUGACUCUUAUCAAACUGGUGUUGAAGAACGUCUUGUCCCUCUUAGCUCAUGAUCUGAGACUCGCUACUCUGCUCAUGGCUGUUAUUUGGUUUACGAUGGCUUUCAGCUACUACGGAUUAGCCGUGUGGUUCCCGGACAUGAUCAAGCAUCUCCAGUACGAGGAGUACGAGUCCAAGGUGAAGACUUUCCCCAGAGAGAGAAUCGAAAACUUCCACUUCAACUUCUCACUGGAGAAUCAAAUCCACCGAGACGGAAAAUACAUCAACGACAAGUUUAUCGGCAUCGAGAUGAAGUCGGUAAAGUUUGAGGACUCGCUCUUUGAGGACUGUUAUUUUGAGGACAUCAGGUCUAUAGACACGUAUUUUGAAAACUGCACCUUUAGAUCCACCACCUUCUACAACACCAAUCUGUACAAGGAGAACUUCAUUGACUGUACGAUGGAAAACACGACCUUCCACCACCCCAAAACGGGCUGCCAUCUAAACGUCGAGGAGGAGAACGACGUCCUCAUUUACUUGGUCAGCUUUUUGGGAAGUCUGGCUGUGCUUCCUGGGAAUAUCAUAUCAGCGCUGUUCAUGGAUAAGAUCGGGAGAAUUAAAAUGAUCGGAGGCUCCAUGCUCAUCUCUGCCGGCUGCACCUUCUUCCUCUUUCUGAGUUACAGUCAGGCGGCCAUCAUCGCCUUGCAGUGUCUGUUCUGCGGCGUCAGCGUAGCGGCGUGGAACGGCAUCGAGGUCAUCACCGUGGAGAUUUACCCCGCCUCUAAAAGAGCCACAGCAUUCGGUGUCCUAAACGCAGUGUGUAAACUGGCGGCCAUCUUGGGCAGUUCCAUCUUUGCCUCAUUUGUGGGCAUCACUAAAGUCAUUCCCAUCCUCCUGUCCUGUGCUGCACUGGUGUGUGGAGGACUGCUGGCUCUGAAACUGCCUGAAACCAGAGAGAAAGUUCUGCUGUGAUGGGAAAACAACACACACACACACACACACACAUAUACACAAGAGGCUGAAACAGUAGUUGACGUGCUAACUAGAAAUGUUAUUAGACAGACACAAUAUCCUACUAUAUUAUCAAUAAACUCACAAAAAAAUGUCCAGAGACCAAAAACGAGUGUUUACAACUUUACUCCCGGUGUCCAAGAGCAUCUCAGUAGAUUUAAUCACAAUAGAAAUAAUCAUCAGGUUAAAUAACAAACAGCACCUCAAACUAAUUAUUUACAUGAACACAUUUUUACUUCAGCUUGUCACGCUCAGACUCCAAAUGAAACAGUAAUAAACCUGUAAGGAUGUUUUUUCAUAGCACAAAGUACUGAAAAUUUUGGCACCAGAAAGAAUAUAGGACCUCAUGCAGGAGCUCAGGGGGCGGGGCUAACAGCACUGUUUGUAUCUGAUUGGUUACACCGCAUAACCUCAGUAAUAGUUUUUUUGUCUCUCUUUGCAAUUUUUUCCCUCCAUAUACUCAUCAAAACUUUAAUUUACUUAUAUAUCAGUGUUUAAAAAUGUGUGCAAUUAUUACAUCAUUGAUGUUCUUAUAAUCACAGGGAAAAAAAAAUAAUUUUAAGUUUUUAAUUAUUUGUCUAACAAUUAAUCAUCAGCUAAAAUUUUCAUGCUGAUGCAGUACAAAUAAACAAAAAUACCUGAAGGCAUUUUUUAACCAAUCAGAGAGAGGAACAGAGUUAAUCCGAGCCCUUCUGUCACGCUGGAGUUAACGCUGGCGUCGCCGUGCCGUAACGAGGAUGCGGUCGCUUUUACCGUCGUCAUGGUGACCGUUUACGUUUCCUCUCAAACUGAACCAGAGCCGCGUGUCCUGUUGGUUCUUGUUAGUUAAAGGUGCAGUGAAAAAACACCCACUAAUCCCCCAAAGACUAAAAAUCACAACAUAAAAUCAGAAUAACAGAAUAACAACAUCAUGCACCUUCACUCACGCCUGCUGUAAACGAGAAGAAAGCCUCUAGAGCCGAUUAUAAAAUAUAGAUUUCAGGUAUCUCUGACUCACUUCACUUUUCAUUUAUUCCACAUGCACUAUAUGCGUUAAUGUUUCCCCUUUUGUGAGCUUUGUUCAUGAUCCUGAUGUUCUUUUGAUUUCCUGAAGCUUAAGACUGAAUUUUCCACCAUGUGUGUUAGAUUUGAUGAGGAGUGUACGCUUUGAGCUGUAUUAUGUCUCUCUGUGUUCACACCGGUGGCGACGUAACAAGACAGAAGGUGGAGCAACUGUCAAAAAAGUGGGAAAAGUGGGCGGGGAAUAAGUGGAAUUUAACAGGUGUGGUGACGCAGCAGGAGUGACGGAUGGCGAUAUGCUUCUCUUCACCCCGCUGCUAUGAAACUUUAUCCAUUUUUGAUCCAUAUUCAUUUCCAGUCCCUGAGACUCGCUCUACUGCUACAAGCUUUUCUGAUUUACGUAAAACAGACCAGUUUUGAUGUAAAUAGAUGGCAGCAGUUGCGAAGAGCAGGGAUGCACUCUUCAUAAUUGGUAUCUUUAGCCAGAAAAUAACAUCUAAAGCCCUGGGCGUAUUUCGUGCAGAGAUGACGUUCAGCUAAAAGCUUCAACAUGACUUAAUCAUGGUGCAAAUGGACGUCACGCAAAUGGCAGCAUACGAUUGGUCGUUAAAAAUGAGUCACUCCAACAUGCAUGACUUUGAGGAGUGGCGAUAUUUUUCCUGUAAUCAUCGAUGUCACAAUUCCACCUCUCAGGCUCCGAGCUCAAUGAACACUCUGUAUUUUAUUGAACCGGGUCUUGUCUCCGCCCCUGAUCUGUCAUUGGUCUAUUUCCAGAUGUCCUCUGAUCUUCUGAUCAUGGAUUAUCCUGUUUUAAUGUUCCGAUCUGUGUUUUGGCUACGAAAAAUACAAUUCAUGGAUUUCCCAAAAUGAAUCAUGCUGAUUUCACACACUUGCGUCCUCCUUCCAUUCACCACACACUGUUGAAAAUCGUCAUGAAAUUUUAACAGCGCCACCUGCAGCACUGGAGCACUCGUACAUGAAAACUGAUAUGAAACCGCAGAAGGUAUACGAGCUUGUAUGUUCAUGACGGUGAUUGUGUCUUCACACAAGACGCACAGACGUCGUCUCCACACUCAGUAUGCUGAGAACUUAACUUGUGGACAACCUGUGAAAAAAAUAUCUGCUUUUUCGGAGGAGAAAUGGGUUUUUACGUAUGUUCUGUAGCUAGCUACAUCAUUUAUGCGCUCAUAUCGCACUAGCCAGGCGCUAGGAGUGAAACCAUGGCAACCACUCAUAAAAUAACCAGCACAUAACAAUUUGAGAUGAAAAAUGGCCGCCGGAGUGAACACAGUGUAAAGCUCGACACUCACCACAGAACCUCCAAAGACAUAAAUACAGAUGUUAAAAUCGUAACUACUGGGCUGGAUUUGGCUUUGUGUGUGUUCUGUGUCGCUGUAAAUAAUAAUCGAUUGGAUAUACGAUGCUGUACAGAGUGUGUGUGAAGGCUUGAACGUCUCGUAUUAGUAAGUCUGGACUGUGAAGCAAGUUUAGGCCAAAAAUUAAAUGUAGUUUGCAUGAUAAACUGGAGGCUAUAAGCUUCCAUUACUUGCUACAUUAGCAUCAGCUCCAGAAGUUACUAAAGAAGCGAACUUCACACACCAAACACACGUCAGCUUCAUCACAUCUGAAAAAAGAGGGAUGCUAAUUUAAGUUGUUGUUAAUUUUUUAGCAGAUUUGCUAAAAAAAAAAAACAUGAGACAUCGAAUGCUAUAAAAUAAUUUUUAAGGUCACACUGAUCGUCAUAAACUGAUCGCAGUUUCUUAUUUAUAACCAAUUCUGCACUGUACUCUUACACUCUUAAAGGAAGGACAGAAAUGCUAAUGCUAACAGUGACUGAAAGCGAACAGCCUUAGCAUGUUUGUUCGAUGCUAAACAAUAAACAAUCUUCAGUCAACAUUUACAAAAAUCACUUUUGCUCUGUAGUGCAUUAAGUUCAUUUUUCUGGAUCGGUUUUGCAGUUAAAACGUCUAACGUUAGAUCACCUUUCUGCUACGCCAUUAGCCUUUUUAGCAAAACACUAGCAAAUGUAGAACCUGACACAUGCUAACACCUCACUAUGGUGGUUAUUUAAGGUUUGGAGUGUUUAUAAGGUUUUAUUCUUGGUGUGUGAGGGGUGUGUUUAGUGUUUCUGUGUAUUUCAGGCUGUAUUUACGUAGACCGCUAAUCUGAUAUGCUAAUCGCUAAUUAGCAUGAUUAGCUUUACUACAAUAGAGCAACACACACCACAGUUUUGAACGCAGCACUAAUUUGCUUUAUAAAAUGUGUCAUAAUCUGACUCUGAAGCUUUAACAUUAAAACUAAAUACGAAUUUUAUAAAUCAAGCUUUAAAUCUCAAAUCUGCAGCUUUGUGUUCGAUAAUCAAUAAAAAUGAUUAUUUAAUUUAACAGCUAUAGCAAAAAAAAAAACAAAAAAAAAACAGUGAUUUGGAUAAAUCUGUUGUAAAGGAACUGGUGUGUGAAUAAUAACGUGUUUUAUAACGUGUGAAAAACGUGUGUUUUGUUAUUUCGUGUUCGUGUCAUUGUGUAAAGAAAAGCCAUAACUAUCUGCUUGUCUUUAUUUUCUUUUGUUUUUGUGUCUGACUGGAAUGGAUUAAUUAUUUCAGUGUCUUGUCUGUUUUAUUUUAUUUUAGUUUAUUUUAUUUUGUGAGUAUAAAAUUAAAUACAUUUAUUCACGUGCUCUAAGGUGUGUGAGUUUGUCUCAUUACCUGUAAAACCUUUAAAAAAAAAACAGGAAGUACCUUGAAAAUAAAAAUAAAAAAGCAAAACAACAUUAAAGAUGAAUUUCAGAUAUUAUGUACGGAGACGUGAGAAUUAGUUACAGGAAUUUCGACUCUUUUCAGUGAGUCAACUCUCAAUAUGUGAGUCGAAUCCAUAAGAGUCGAUUCUUUUGGCUUUCAAAUGAUUCAUUGGCAUUUUUAUUUUAUUUAUUUAUUUUUUUUAAACUGUCCCAAGUCGUCACUCUUUGCCUGUCCAUCAUUUAGACUAUUCAGUGAAUUGCAUUAUAUAAUUAUAUACUUGCUGAGUCUGUUAUUUUUUUUAUUUCAGGUAUUUUGACUCAGGUGUGUCUGUAUUUGCUUUCCCUCAUUCAACUAUUUCAUAUUAUUCUGCAUAUUAAAAACACAUAGCAAGUGAUUUUUAUUUAAAAACACUGAUUUUUCUUUCUGCUUCUCCAACUCUCAACCUGUUUUCACUGACCCCGCCCUCUUACAGUUCAUUUUAAUAUUAAUAAUUCAUGUUUUGUGUGUUUGGGAAACAAUUAAAGGAUUUAUUUGUCACUUUGCAGCAGGAAUAAAACAUUUCUCUAGAUUUAUAACCCAGCCACUCUACAAAGCGUGUACGAAAUUAUGUUUGGAGAUUUAGGAAACAUGUAGAAAAAAAGUUUUCUGGUCUGAUGAAACCUUGGCACGAAGUCAGAAAUCCAACAACCAUCCAUGCUGUGAAGCAUGGUGGUGGUAGCAUCACGAUGUGCAGAUGCUUCUCAUCAGCAGGGACUGAGAAACUGGUCAGGGUUGAGGGUGAGAUGGAUGUGUGUAUCGGUGAUUUUAAAAGGCGUAUAAAAACAAGGAAUUCCACAGAUUCCACAUGUUGCUGAAAUUCUUAAUAAUAUUAUAAAAAUGGGGGAAAAAAACUAAAUUUUCACAAUAAACAACUUUUGUUUAAAAAGAAUCUGUUUAGUAAUGGAUCAUCGUGCAAUAUCAGCAAUCGUGUUGUCCAAUUUAUUUUAAAAAUAAAAAGUACAUUUUAAAAAGUAUUAUGUUAAAGAUAAUAAUACAUACACAAAUGAAAUAAAAUAUUUGUUUUUAUUUUAAAUAGAUUCAGAAUAGAGAGAGCAUUCAGUCAGCAGGAAUGACUUCCUGUAUCACUUCCUGUUACAUCAUGGUUAUAUAUAAACACGAUCUUCUGGAUGGUGCUCGUCUGUUUUUGGACGCUGCUCUCCUCCGGAUGUGUUUAUCCAGUGGUUAGAUGUCACACACUCGUGUUUCUUGUCUGUCGGCUUGUUUUUUCGUUCACACUCACGGUGUUAAAUAUUCCCCGUGACACAGAGUAGAAAAAAAACACCAGUUCCCAUGGGAAUGCUGAACUGCGCU